AUGUCGCCACCGCUGCCCUCGUCACCCGCCCUGGGCUGGCCCUGGGGACUGCCCCCUGCCCCUGGUACCCGGAAACCCUACAAGUGCACCGAAUGCGGCAAGGCCUUUGGGCAGAGCUCGCACCUGAUGCGGCACCUGGGCACCCACACAGGCGAGAAGCCCUACAAGUGCGGCGCCUGCGCCAAGAGCUUCACCCAGAACUCCAACCUUCUGCAGCAUCAGCGCACCCACACCGGUGAGAAACCCUACGAGG